AUGGAUCUAUCCUUCGAUGAUUGGUGGUUCCAUGGUAAGAUCAACAGCCCUCCUGCCGAUGGUGUAUUCAUGGAUCUCCCUGCGGGCAGUACCUUUCACGGCGAAGUGGCCUGCAACAAAGCUCUGACGUCCUUUGGUGAAGUACCCUCCAAGCAGACUGGCGAGUGGGCUUGCGAAGGAGAUGGCUCUACAGGUGGUAUUGGUGCCAUGCACACCGCCGAUGAGUGGGAAAGCAGCGACCCCCAAGAUGUCAAGGGUUGUGGUAUUGCUAUCGCAUACAAGAGCGAUGUCUCCGAUAUUCAACCCGAGGAUUUCACUGUCAUCACCGUCAAUUACACCUGUCCUUGGAAAAAGCACGUCGAUUUCCAGAUUCCAUCGGAUCUCCCUGCUUGCCCAAAAGGCGGCUGUCACUGUAUGUGGGGCUGGGUACAUGCUGCAGAUGCUGGUAGUGAGCAAAACUACUUUGUUGGGUAUCGAUGCAAUGUUACGGGUGCCACUGGUACCACUGCACUCCCUCAAGCCAACACUGCCAACAAGUGCGACUACCCCACAGAUACCUCCAACUGCACGGUUGGUGCCAAGCAGCCUCACUACUGGUUUCAAAAGGAGAGGAACAACAAUCCUCAAGGCACCUAUGACCCUCCAUUCUAUAAUGGGGCGUAUGGCUUCAUGAAUGGUGCCCAGACAGACUUGUUCGCCGCUGUCGGUAAUACCUCCACGACUUCCAGCCACUUGGCGACUUCUGCAGGAUCAACAACCAUUCUCGCUUCAGAGGUCUCUUCUGCAGCCGUCUCAUCUUCAGCCGUCUCAACUUCAGCUGUCUCCUCGACAGCGGUAUCUUCUUCGGCGUCUUCGGUCUUGGUCUCCAAUUCCUCGUCCGCAGUUCCAGCGACUGCUGCUGUAUCUUCUUUCCAGGAUUCAGUUGUCGCUCCACUUUCCGCCUCUGCAGAUGUCUCUAUCUCAGAGGUCUCCAACUCUUCGACUUCAUCCGUCGCGUCCCCCAUCACCCUUACGCGCACGAUCACAACGCACCACUCCACUGCCACUGCCAUGUCAACUGCCUCAACCUCCUCCAACUCAGCAUCCAGCUCUGUGUCCUCGUCGAUCCAAGUCGCUCCCUCUUCCAGCGCCACCGGCGUCUUGGCUGCUGCUGGCAGCAGCAAUGGUACCGUUAGCUAUGUUGCUACAGGUAAUCAGACGACUACAGCGGGCCACUGUAUGAGCAAAAGAUCGGGCAAUAGGCUGCAUCGGGUUCGGGACGGUAGGAGAAGGAGCAGAGUCCUCCGUCGGGCUGUUGGCGGGGCCAAGGUCUGA